AUGGAACCCACCGCGGAGAGCGAGGAGGAGAGUGGAGGAGGCGCGGCGACAGGGGAGUGCGUGAAUAGGAUUCCGGUGCCAAGACCGCCCUCCAUUGAGGAAUUCACCAUAGUGAAGCCCAUUAGCCGUGGCGCCUUCGGGAAAGUGUAUCUGGGGCAGAAAGGCGGCAAGUUUUAUGCAGUGAAGGUUGUCAAAAAAGCAGAAAUGAUCAACAAAAAUAUGACCCAUCAGGUACAAGCUGAGAGAGAUGCACUGGCACUAAGCAAAAGUCCUUUCAUUGUCCAUUUAUACUAUUCACUGCAGUCAGCAAGCAAUGUCUACUUGAUAAUGGAGUAUCUUAUUGGUGGAGACGUCAAGUCUCUCCUACAUAUAUAUGGUUAUUUUGAUGAAGAGAUGGCUGUGAAAUACAUUUCUGAGGUAGCAUUGGCUCUAGACUACCUUCAUAGACAUGGAAUCAUCCACAGGGAUUUGAAACCAGACAAUAUGCUUAUUUCUAAUGAGGGUCAUAUUAAACUGACAGAUUUUGGCCUUUCCAAAGUUACUUUGAAUAGAGAUAUCAAUAUGAUGGAUAUCCUUACAACACCAUCAAUGGCUAAACCUAGACAAGAUUAUUCAAGAACCCCAGGACAAGUAUUAUCUCUCAUCAGCUCUUUGGGAUUUAACACACCAGUUGCAGAAAAAAACCAAGACUCUGCAGACAUCCUUUCAGCUUGCGUAUCUGAACCAUCACAGCUUUCUCAAGGAUUUAUUUGUCCUAUGUCUAUAGAUCAAAAGGACACUACUCCUUAUUCUAGCAAACUUCUAAAAUCAUGUCUUGAAACACUUGCCUGCAAUCCAGAUAUACCUGUGAAGUGUCUAACUUCUAAUCUACUACAGUCUAGGAAAAGGCUGGCUACGUCCAGUGCCAGUAGUCAGUCCCAUACCUUCAUAUCCAGUGUGGAAUCAGAAUGCCACAGCAGUCCCAAAUGGGAAAAGGAUUGCCAGGAAAAUGAUGAGGCAUUGGGCUCUACAAGGAUGAGUUGGAAUACAGUUGAAAAGUUAUGUGAAAAACCUACAGAUGCCAUUGAGACUAAAAGUUUUAAUAAAAAGGAUCUUGAGUUAGUCCUUUCUCCCAUUCAUAACAGUAGUGCCAAUCCUACCACUGGGAUCUCUUGUGUAAACCUUGCUAAAAAAUGCUUCUCUGGGGAAGUUUCUUGGGAAGCAAGAGAACUUGAUAUAAAUAAUAUAAAUAUGGCCACUGACACAAGACAGCCUGGUUUCUAUCAGUCAGAUCAGUGGGCUAUGGAUUCUGGUGUCAUGUCUGAAGAGCACCUUGGGAAAAGAAGUUUAAAAAGAAAUUUUGAGUUGAUUGACUCCAGUCCUUGUCAGGAAACUAUACAGAAUAAAAAAAUUUGUGCAGAGUAUAAGCAUUGUAAUGACAUGAUAGAUUGUUACACAAAUCAAAGUACAGGCUUAACAGCCGAAGUCCAGGGCCUGAAGAUUUCAAUAUAUAGAAAUCUUAUUGAGAUACAGACCCCGAAUCAGAUCAAGUCAGGAACUCCAUACCGAACUCCAAAGAGUGUGAGAAGAGGGGCAGCCCCAGUGGAUGAUGGGCGAAUUCUAGGAACCCCAGACUACCUCGCACCUGAGCUGUUACUAGGCAGGACCCAUGGUCCUGCAGUAGACUGGUGGGCACUUGGAGUUUGCUUGUUCGAAUUUCUAACAGGAAUUCCCCCUUUCAAUGAUGAAACAUCACAACAAGUAUUUCAGAAUAUUCUGAAAAGAGAUAUCCCUUGGCCAGAAGGUGAAGAAAAGUUAUCUGAUAAUGCUCAAAGUGCAGUGGAAAUGCUUUUAACCACUGAUGAUUCAAAGAGAGCUGGAAUGAAAGAGCUGAAACAUCAUCCUCUCUUCAGUGAUGUGGACUGGGAAAAUCUGCAGCAUCAAACUAUGCCUUUCAUACCCCAACCAGAUGACGAAACAGAUACAUCCUAUUUUGAAGCCAGGAAUAAUGCUCAGCACCUGACUGUAUCUGGAUUUAGUCUAUAGCACAUAAAUUUUCCUGUUAGUCUAACCUCGUGUUGUGGAAUAAGCUGACGUAAUUAUAUACUCCUUAAUACUAGACUGAUCUAAGGGCAAAAAUGAUUAUUUUACCUGGGCCAAUGAGCUUGUAAUGUAUGUGACACCUUUCACAGAGUUCAAAGGCUAUAAGGAAUAUAAUCAGUAAUUUAUCUUAAUCUCAUGACUGUAUAUAAAUUUUCAAAGCUUUUUUCACCGUAUUUAUUUUGUUUACUGCACUUUAUGAAAAGCAAAGCAUCAAUAAAACUAGAAUGACACUACUACUAUAGAGAGAGAGCCAUAAACUUGAUUUUCUUUCUCCUUAUCCGUUGAUUUCAGUGCACCAUUCAGCUUGGUGUUAAAAUAUCAAAAAAAUUGUAGUUUCAUUUGAAUGUAAUUUUACUUGCACAUCAUUGCCUGCAAAAGCUGUGGUCUCAAGGACAAUCCUUUAAGGCCACAUUUGUGACCUCAAAAAUGCAACUAGAAAAUUCCUUGGCUCAAUAAUGUAACUCCUUUGGGGAAUGAGCAGUGAAUAAAAGGACUAAGAUUACUUUAUUGAUGAUACAGUUUUGCUGCCCUGACUGCUUCUGGUGCUCGCUCUACAAUAGGUGUUUGUUUAAAAUAGUCCUGGAAUGGUUAGUUGUGAUAUACUCUAGCAAUUUUAAUAGCUUGUUCAAUUAUAAUAGAAAAUGUAAUGCUUUACAUUUAGAGUCAUUUGUUUAAAACAUUAUGAGAAAUGGACUUAUCCUUUUAAAAAAAAAACAAUUUACUUUUGCAUAGUAAAUAUAACUGUAACAAA